AGCUAUAAGACACCCCUGGAGCCUAGAGAGAGAAGGAGAUCACUACAGACAGCGGAAGGAAUCAUUUAGGGCCACAGGAAGUGUAUUUUAUAUAGUUGAUCAUUUCUAUUGUGCUGGCAGAGUGUGAGUGUGAGCAUGUCUGCUGCUGUGACUCUAGCGCUGCUGUUCUUCUUGUCUGUGGGACUGAACGAGCAGGUGGUCGAGGGCUGCAGCUGUGCUCCAGGACACCCUCAACAGCUGUUCUGCAUGUCUGACAUAGUGAUGCGAGCUGAGGUAACUGGGGAGAAGAUCAUACACAGCGAUGAACAUAUACCGGGCAUGGGGAAAAUUCAAUAUGAAAUCCAAGUGAUAAAGGUGUUCAAGGGUUUUGAUAAAAUAAAGGAAAUUCAGCAUGUCUACACGAAUGAGAUGUCUUCAAUGUGCGGGAUCAGGCUGGGAAGUGGACAGUAUCUGCUUUCAGGAAGCAUCACGCCUGAGGGAUUCUUCGUUUCAAUGUGCGACUAUCUUGAGCUCUGGGACAGACUCUCCUUAAUGCAAAAAAAUAACCUCAAAUACAGAUAUCUGAUGGGCUGUGACUGCAUGAUCUCUAUCUGCACUGAAAAGUCCUGUCAACUCAGCACAAAAAAUGAAUGUAUGCUGACAAACUGGUCAUCUUUAUGGCCAUUUGAGGGCGAAGAACCAGUUCAUGAGUCUGCCUGCAUCAGACACAGCGAUGGCUCCUGCGGCUGGUAUGGAGAAACUGGCAAACCUUCUGAAAAUGACACCAUGGACGUGUCUGAUGUCUGACCGUUAAGGGCAUGAGUGAUUUUUCACUGUAAACAAGCUGCUUGAGGCUGUUCAAGAAGAUCACAUACUUCAAAUGUAAACACAUGCAAGCCCUUUAACCUGCUAUAAUUUCUUGUAGCCUACACAGAAAACCUUAGCCACCACAGCCUAGCAACCACCCAUAAUACUUUAGCAACAACCUAGCAACCACUCAAAACACCUUGAUGUUACCAUGAGCCUGUUGUACACCUUUGAAAUGUGUGAUUGCUUUAAUUAAUGAGGUGGUCAUUUAACUUUGCCUGGCUAAUCAAUGAUUUGCAUUAUAAAUAGCAGUGUUAGAUUAUAAGCAUGUCAUAUGUAGGCUAGAAUACUAGAAUAUGAUGACAUAUCCUUCGCAUUAGGUCCAUAUCAUUUAAUUUUCUAUUUAAAAAGGAAUAAAGAGAAAUGAAAAAGAUAAUUCGGUUUGUUUUUUGGGGGUUGGGGG